AUGAGGGCCGUGGCCAAAAAAGAGGAGAGCGGCGAGCGAAGUCGAAGCGCGCGGCGGGGACUUUUGGAUGGGGCUGGACUGGGCCGAGCAGAUCUGAGUGACCUCAGUCGAGAUGCCAAGGCGGAGCGACCGACCGAGCAGCGAGAGGCGACCCGAAGCCAAGCCCAAGCCACGGCGCAGCUGCCGUGCCUUAUCUCGGCUGGUCCGUGGACGUGGCCGCACACUUCAGCCAACUGCGUCACAUUGAUCUUUUUCGCCGAGCACGCCCACGGCUCAACCGAAAGCCACACUCGGAAUUCGCCGUUCCUCCUCGCUGGUGGUCGAGCUGGAAGGGGGCAAGCUGCUCGCUGUUCGUCGUCUGGCGGUAACGCACCGGUAUUCGUCGGUACUGCCAAAUCCGUACCGCUCGGCGUGAGUCUGCUACGAUACGGUAGCAUGGAUCUCGGUGUGGAGUGCUCACCGGCGAAUUCGAUCGGAAGAACCUCGGACGGGGCUAAUCAGAGCUCCUUGUCGGCAAGUCUGCGGGGUGCUGACGGAUGCCAUCGCUGUGCUGUCGGUCAAAAGGUCGCCUCGGUCCUCACCGCCUCGCCGCCUCGUUGCGCACGCGUCCGUCUACCAUCGGUUCGCUUCCUUGCCGAGCUUUUCGUGCAUGAAGCUGACAGAACCACCGAGCGCCUGACGAUAGUCGACCACGUUUGGGACCACGCUGUGUCGGUGGGUGUUUCGACCAGCCAAUUUCGACUUUCCCCCGCCGUUGGAUUUUGCGACCGAGGCAGCGCCGAGCAUCUCCCCAUUGUCUCCGGCGCAGUCUCGGUGCCCUGUCGGGCUCGCGCUUUGUCGCCCGCCUGGCACUGCAUCUCGCCGACGAUCUCGACGCUGGGCACUGUUCAUGCUGGAAGUGCGGGGCUCCGCGAGGCGGCUGGUGGAAGUGCUUUUUUUAGACGCGGCGCCGCGCUUGGACGACGCAGCGACCCUGGAAUUUCGCCUGCGCCCCGUGCGGGUCCAAAGCGCCGACGAUCCUCGCAGCUCCAACAGCUGCACGUUCGUCGUCAUCUUGCCGUCGCCAACUGCCAGGCUCGUGUCGGCUCAACUUCCGCUCACCCUGUCCACUGCCGGCAAACAGCGCUACUUGGCUAUUUAUAA